AUGGUGCUUGAACUACUGUAUAACUCGAUAGAUAACCUAAUAAACUACGUAGAGGAAUAUGUGAAGAGUGAUGAAUCUAAUAAUUUGGACGAUUUCUACAAAUUCCUAAAAAACAGAAAGAAGCCUAGGUCUAAGCACGACGAGGUCUAUUUCUGUAGCACAAACGUAUUUGGAAAGGAUAAGGAUGCAUUUGACAACAUGACAGAGAGAGAAUUCAACUCACCAAGGAGCCAGAAUGAAUCAAAAAGAGUCAAAAGAAUGAAUUUACCUGGAUUGAAUCAAACUGAUGGGGAUGAAAGAAUAACACUACCAGGAAUAACACCAAAUAAUACAGAAGAAUUCAAAAUAGUCAGAAAGAAGAAAAGUGUCUUUAAAGAGCACAUUAUUUCAAAAAUAGAAGAUGAGGAAGAGAUGAAGUAUGCUACGCCAGAAAGACUCUUUUUACCUGAAAAAUGCUCACAUUGUGGUCUGAGAUUUGAGUUGGUGAAUCAGAAGAGUAUGCACGAGAGUGGCCAUGGUAGAGAGAGCAGUGCUGCUGCAUUGGAUCGAAUUAUGAGACGAGGAUGGUUUUAUACAAUGAGAAGCAAAUCGGAUAAGAGCGAGUUGAAGAGUCUUCUAGAAGACAAUUUGAAGAGGGUAUACGCCAAAUUUGAUAAGGAAAAGGUGUUUUUAUCUGUGACUGGAAGUGUAGAGCGGUAUUACUGUGCAAAAUGUAGCAAGAGAAUUGGAAUCAAGUACGAUAAUAGCCAUAAUAAGUGGUACAUAGAAGGAGUAGAGGUGAAGAAGAACUUAGAGUACAGACAUAGGGGAUGUGUAUGA